AUGCCAUUUUCAUUAUCUUCCAAAAUUCAGACCUUUCCCAAACUUCCUAGAUUUCAUUCUCGUAGUUUCAAUGCUAUCGGAGAGGCCAGUAACCAAAAACGAGUUGUAACAUUAACGCCGCGGACUAACUCACUUCUUUGUGUGCUCCGCGUUUUACUUAUCUUCAGUUUGAUUCUCACACUCAUCUGGAUUGCCAUGGUUCUUACACUUACCAGCAGACUCGCACCCAAUUUGUCUUCCAGCGGAGUCGCGGACAUCGUCAGAAAGUGGCAGAGCCCAGCAGACUCGGUCGCCUUGCUCAAUCCAUGGAACCAAGACUUCACCCGCGAUACUACACCAGUGUCUUGUCACUCACACAACGAUUACUGGCGCAAAGUGCCACUCUACAGCGCUAUUUCAGCCGGAUGCGUGAGCGUAGAAGCAGAUAUAUGGUUUCACAAAAAUGACACCGCCGCGGAUCUACUGGUCGGGCAUGACAAGAAAUCGCUCACGGAGGAAAAGACUCUACAAUCUCUUUAUCUAAACCCGUUUCUACAAAUACUGGAGAACAUGAACAAGGCCAGCAACCUCGGAAACGAUAGUGUCCCAGCUUCCCCUCGCGGCAUAUUCGACAAAAACCCAGAAAUGACUACGCUCUUACUCCUGGACUUCAAAUCCGAUGGCCCAGAACUUUGGCCAAUUAUACAAGCACAACUCGAGCCUCUCCGUGUUAAGCGUUGGUUGACAUACUGGGAAAGCAGUACUAAUAAACGACAAAUCCGACCCAUCACUGUUGUCGCAACCGGAAAUGCACACUUUGACUUGGUCACUUCAAACACCACCUACCGAGAUAUCUUCUUCGACGCACCAUUAACCGACAUAAAGAACACAAAAUACACAAACCUCAACUCAUAUCUUGCAAGUGCUUCGCUUGGAAAAGCGAUUGGAACGGUCUGGGCUGGAAACAUCAACGAUAAACAACGCAAAACGCUGACAACUCAAAUCAAUGAUGCCAAGGAGAAAGGACUGAUCACUAGAUACUGGGACACCCCCUCGUGGCCAGUCAGCUGGAGGAAUUCCGUCUGGAAGGCAUUGCUGGAAGUGGGGUCAGAACUCUUGAAUGUUGAUGAUCUGGAAGCAGCGGCAAAGUGGAAUUGGGAUUGGUGCGUAGUGGCCGGCUUGGUUUUGUGUGGGUGA